AUGCUGAAGCCAAAAAGACUACAAGCCCUCCUGGAACAAUCCCUUUCCACAACCGUCUCAUCCGCUCUCCUCUUCACAGCCUCCGGCUCGCUACUAGCAUACGCAUCAAAACCCAAACCAACGACGGCUGCAGCGGCGAAAGAGGCCAGGACACAAGCUGCGCUUGCGAGUGCGAUUUGGCAGGAUUAUGAUGUGCUUGGGAGGAGUGGGGUUGUUGGGGAAGUACUUGGUGAGCAGGAAUCUGGGUCGAGGCCUGGGUCAGGAAGUAGUGGAGGGAGUGAGAGUAACGGCAUAGCCGGACGAUGGAGAAGCGUGGGUGCUGACGAACACGGCGCUGGGACGCGAUGGGUUUGUGUAGAAGCCGAGAUGGGAACUCUCAUGAUCGUCAAAGUCGAUGUUGAUAGUGAGAGGAAUGCGGUACAUGAGCAACUGCUCGUGUGUUUGAUUGGAGGAAAGGGAGCGGAGGAGGGGAUUUUGAAGGCGAAGGCGGAUGGGUUGGGGAGGUAUUUGGCGGAGGCUUUGGUUGAGCCUGAGACGAAUGGGCCAUGA